AUGGGAGAUUUCGGGCACGACUUUAACAAGUUCCUGGAGAUCGUGACGGAGAUCUACAACAAGUAUGGAUCGCUCGACGAUUAUGCCAGGGGCGAAGGUGUAUGGCGUUUCAGGGUGUUUGGCAUGUACACCGUGACGGCUCGGGCCAUCAUGGAGCACAACGGCAUGGAUCUGUACGACACGAGCCUGUUCGGCGCCGAAAAGUUGCUGGACGACAUUGUCGGAACUACGGACUGGGCUCAGCUCAGCGAAUCGCACCUGUGCCAUCGUCAGGAUCAGGCUCAUGGCUGCUUCGUCCACCACCUUACCGGCACUAUGUACAGCAUCGUAUUGGACGUCCGUGCCCUGGGCGAGGAAUGA